AUGACCAGUCAUCGGCAUCACCUGCAUCCCCAUCACCGCAUCAUCACCAUCACCACCAUCGUCACCAUCACCACCAUCACCACCACCACCACUGUCACCAUCACCCUCACCACCAUCGUCACCAUCGUCACCAUCACCCUCACCACCGCCACCACCGCUCACCCUCACCACCAUCACCCUCACCACCAUCACUCUCACCACCCUCACCACCACCCUCACCACCCUUCCCACCUCCCGCCCCGCCCUCUGAAGGAGGAGGCAAAAACCAGCCUGAGGUUUUUGGCCUCCGCCCUCGGCCGCUCCGUUUACAUAACGCCCGGGGCCGGGGUCCGCGCCCCGCGCCGCCGCGGCUCCGCACGGCGGAAAUGCGGAGCCGCCUGCCCCGGUUUCCUGCCUGAGCCGUGCCGUGCCGUGCCGAGCCGUGCGCCCCGUCCAGCCCAGCCCAGCCCAGCCCAGCCCACCCCGUCCAGCCCCGGCCCGGCCCGGCCCGCCCCGUCGUCCCCGUUCCCCGGUGCGCCCCGGGCCCGGCGCUCCGUCGCGCUCCGCCAUGGGCGAGCGGCCCCCGGACGCCUUCUCCUGCAGCGCGGCCGCCUCGCUGGAGCCACGGCAAUGAAUGGGCACGCUCUGCCGGCCGGCACGCCAGCGCAUCCCCGGGGCUGGCAUGAGUUCUGCGAGCUGCACGCCAUCAGCACCGCCAAGGAGCUGGCGCGCCACUACCUGCGCUUCGCCACCGAGCACCCGCACCAUGACCUGCUGGCCGCCGAGAACUUCUCGGUGCACUUCACCGACCUCUUCCAGCAGUACUUCUGCAACGAGGUGAAGGAGGGCUUCGCCAUGAGCCAGCUCCGCAUCCUGCCCACCGGCCCGGCGCGGGAUUACCGGGAGACGCAGCGGCGGCACACGGACGCCUCCCUGGGCACGGCGGCCACCAAAGCCGAGGCGGAGCUGGCCGCUCGCCCCGAGCAGCCCGGCCGAGCCCCCGAGGCGGCCCCCACGGGGCUGCGCAAGUCGUGGAGCUCGGAGGAGCUGGCGGGGCCGGCGCGGAGACCCUUCUCGCUCAGCCAGCUGCGCCGGAGCUGGCGCAGCCUCUUCCGACGCCGGUCCUCGGAUGCCCUCCCGGCGGAGGCCGACGGGGAGGCGGCGGAGGCUGCUCUCAAGCCGGGACUGAGCAAGCGCAUCCUGCCCUGGGGGCUGUCGCGGGAGCAGCCCCCCGAGGUGCGCAAGGAGGGGUUGCUCAAGUACGGGCUGCUGGACGAGAGCUCGCUGGACAGCGGGACGCGCUGGCAGCGCUGCCGCCUGGUGCUGCGCAGAGCGGGGACGCCCGACAGCGAGGAGUACGUCCUGGAGCUCUUCGACCCACCCAAGGGCUCCAAGCCGAAGCUCCACGCCGCCUGCUCCGCCAUCCAGGAGGUGCGGAGGUGCACGCGCCUCGAGAUGCCCGACAACCUCCACACCUUCGUCCUCAAGGUGACCAAUGCCACCGAUGUGCUGUUCGAGGCGGGGGACGAGCAGCAGCUCAACUCCUGGACGGCCGAGAUCCGGGAAUGCGCGCACAGGGGGUCGGACGCGGGCGACCCCGAGCUCCUGGCGUGCCGGCACCCCGACCCCGCGGCCACCAGCCCCACCACCAGCACCGACUCCCCCAGCCAAGGGGCGACGCCGGGGGGGCCGGUGGAGGCGGCGGGGCCGAAGAUGGAGCAGUUCCUGUCCUCCUGCCCCUGGUUCCACGGGCCCAUCUCCCGUAUGAAGGCGGCUCAGCUGGUGCAGCUGGGGGGGCUGGAGGGCCACGGCGUCUUCCUGGUGCGGCAGAGCGAGACGCGCCGCGGCGACAAGGGAGCCGGUGGCAGGGUAACGGGUCCGUGCUCCUCCCCGCAGCACCUGCGGCUGUCGCUGACGGAGCGGGGCCAGUGCCGCGUUCAGCACCUGCGCUUCUCCUCCAUCGUGGAGAUGCUGCACCACUUCCACCGCUUCCCCAUCCCGCUGGAGUGCGGGGCCACCUGCGACGUCCGGCUCUCCAGCUACGUCGUCGUCCUGCCCCAGCCGCCAGCUCCUGGCUCCGGCACCGCAGUCCCCGUCCCGCUGCCCGUCCCCGGCUGGAGCCCCGAAUUCAGCCUGACCCCCGCCGCCGCCACCACCACCUCCUCCUCCUGCCCCCGCGGCCCCGCCGAGCCCCCUCCGGAGCAGAUCUUCCUGGUGCCACCGCCGGCGGAGCUGGCGCAGAGCCUGCGGCACAGCGGGGCGGCCGCGGCCCCCGGCGCUCGGCCCCGCGAGUCGGACUACGAGGUGGAAGCCCCGGGCCGGGGCCACGUGCGUGCCAUCGACAACCAGUACACGCCGCUCUGACGGGCCCCGGGGACGCACUUUUGGGUGGAGAAGAAGUCCUGGAGCCCCUCUGGGAGUCCCAGCGAGAAUGUAACUAUUUUCUUCCUUCUGGUUAGGGAUUGUUAUUUUUUUAUUUUGCAAGGAAGGGAGUCGUUUUUCACUCCAGUACGGGUGUGCUCCCUCUCUUCGGCCUGUUAAAGGGCCU